AUGUCCCCUUGGCCUACCUCACAUCGCCCCUCAUCGAAGCUGCUACUGUACUCGAGCAUAGGCAUCGUCUCGGCUGGCCUGGUCCUCGGCUGCAUCGGAUACGUCGGUGCCCAGCCGGAACGCUUUCCGCGAGCAAGCCGCAUUCUCCGGUUCUGGGGACAGAUGCUCCCAAUCUUCCUCGACUACAAGCUGACGCAGUUCCAGGUGCGCUCCCAGGAACCAGAGGAGCAGGAGCAGGCCUUUGAGGCGCUGCACUCCCGGUAUGCCCGCCAAGUCAAGGACCUCAUGGUUGAGCUGGGCGGGCUGUACAUCAAGGUCGGCCAGGUGGGAGCGAUGCGGGCUGACUUUGUCCCCGAGACGUACCGACGGGAGCUUCAAUCGCUGCUGGACCAGGUGCCUCCGCUGCCAGGACCGAAAGCCCGUCAGAUUGUGGAGCAGGCCCUCGGCCGCAAGAUCGCCAGCGUCUUCCAGGAGUUUGAAGACACAGCCUUGGGAGCAGCGUCCAUCGGCCAGGUGCACCGAGCCAAGCUGCAUGACGGACGGGAGGUCGUUGUCAAGAUCAAGUAUCCAAGCUCAUUCGAACACUUUGCCGAUGACGUUGCGACUGUCAAGCAGUUUGUGGUAUUGGCCCAGCCCGACCAGGAGCCUGUUAUGGACGAACUUGGGAGACAGUUCCUCAGCGAAUUCCACUUUGAACGAGAAGCCCAGGCCCUCCAGCGGGUCCGCAAGAACCUCAUGCCUUUCUUCCGGAACAUCGUUGUCCCGGAGCCCGUCUUAGAAUAUUGCAACCAGGACGUCAUCGUUAUGGAGUACAUCCCGGGCGUCAAGUUGCUCGAUGGCAUCAUGCACGACUACGAACGCCAGGCCCGGCGGGCCGGAUUCUCGCUCCAGUACUUGCAGGAGCACGCCGGUUCGCUGACCCGUCUGGAGAUGCUCCAGCUGUGGGCCGCCUGGGGCCUGGGACACAUCAGCGAUACUGUUCAGAUGGCUGGUGCGCUGGUCCACAACACUGUCUUGUCGCCGGUGACGGGCCACACACUGCCCUAUCCGCAGCCCAGCGUCGAUCAAGAGAGGCUUUACAAAACCCUCCUCCGUGUCCAUGGGCAUGAGAUCUUCGUCGACCGCUUUUUUCAGGGCGACCCGCACCUCGGCAACAUUCUUCUCACGCCCGAGGGCAAGCUGGGGCUUAUCGACUAUGGCCAGGUCAAGAGUCUGAGUGAGCACGACAUUGCCGUCCUUGCCCAGCUGUUUGUCUUCAUCGCCGACCACAAAAAGGACGAGGCCGUGCAGCUCGCCAAGCAGGUUGGAUUUGAAACCGAGAAGAACGACCCGUAUGUGCUCUACCAAACCAUGGUGGUGGCUCUGGACCGCGACGACACUGCUACUUGCGAAGGGAUGAAUCCGCAACAGUACAUGGAGCGCCUCUCGAAGCUCGACAAGACUAGAAGCAUCCCCGAGCAGUUCGUCAUGGCCGUACGCACCGCCAUUCUGCUGAGGGCGGUAGGAUACCUGAUGGGCUAUAGAAGCGUCUCGCUGGCUCAGGAAUGGCGGCCGUUUGCGGAGCAUGCACUCCGACAGUACGGCCAUCUACUUGAGCACGAAUGA